CGAUCCUAGUACAAGUUAUGUGCAAAUGUCAACGACGCAUGGAAUAAAAAUUUCUGGAACCUCCAUGGCUCCAAAAGUGACGAAUGAGAAUUCUAAAACUAUUGCGGAUAGAAGAGUUGGUGAGAAACAUAAAUACCCGUCUACACAUCGACCCCAUGUGAGCAGGGUCGUGUCAGGUACUAGCACGACAGGAGUCGACGCGUCAGGAUCAACCAACACGUGCAUCCCCUCGUGUCUGACUGUUAAAAUUAAAACAGAUACCUGUAGAUACAUCGAUGACAUUAAACAGUGUGAAAGACGCAUGUUGGAGACAUGCAAAGAUAAACAAAAGCUUGAACAGUUGAUACGUUAUUUCAACCUCGUGUAUAAAAACUGUGCCGACCCCUGUGACUCGAACUGUCUCGAUGCUCAAAUAAAAGAAAAUCCCUGUGGAAACUUUAGCGCCGUCUUACUGUGUAAGAAAAAUCUAAUCGAAAAAUGUAAGGAGGAAAAAACAGUUGCGUCUUUGAAGGAUUUUUAUGAGACGCUGGAAACCAAAUGUGCCAACUCCAGCUAUGCUAAAUAUGCCUGCUCUCGUGAGCUGUCCACGUGCUACCCAGCUGAUUUAGCCAAUAAGAAUACCACCAUUUUGUGCAGCAAACUGGAGGAGAUAAAGAACUGCGUGCGUAAAGUCAAACAAAAUUACUGUAAACCUGGCAACCCGGAUCACGAGGCAGUCUUCAGGGAAAUCGAAAAACUUUUCGGACCAAACACAUGCAGUGGAUCCACGUCACCCAAGACAUCUUUUCUGAUGAUAUUUACCCUCAUCACUUUUGUGCUAGUCCAUAAGUUAUAGAUUUUAAAAUUACCCUUAUUUUAAAUCACACUUAUUUUAAAUUAUACUACGUGAGAAAAUCUCUGUGACAUUUAAUGUCAUUUUCUUUACUUCAACUUCCAAGCGAAAAUUUGUAAAAUUACUGAUCUUUAUCUUCAGUAUUCUAAAUUCUUAUCACGUUUAAAUUAUUAGAAUGCUUAUGAAUACGAAUGCAACAUAAUGUUUACAUAAAUGUUCUUAAUUGGGACGAUGUGGUUGGAUGGUAGAGUGAAUGACUGCAUACCCGAAAGUCUCAAGUUCGGAUGCUAGAAUCCACAAAGCUCCGAUGGGUACCUGACUGACGAUAGUGAAAAUAAAGGCAGCUGGGCAAAGAACUGACCACGCUAUCCCUUCACGUGUCAAGGUCACCGAAACUCGACUUCAGUUCUUUGUAAUAUAAUGUACAAGCAAAAAAAAAAGAAAUAAAAAAAAACAUAAAAGUAAUAAAAUUGUCAUUGAUUUUUAAGGCUCAUAUUAAAAAUCAAUAUAGAAGUAUUAGAGUUUAUCCAUGAAUUUAUGGGUAGGGCUAGAUUUAUAACUGGAUUACAAAGAGUUGAUUACAGAAACCAUAUAUUACGCAAAGGGAUUAUUUUCUUACUAAGGGUGGAAUAGGGAUUGAGAGUACAAAGUAAUCAAAGGGUGUGACUUUUCUAAGUUGUACAGUAGAAUCCAAAUUUUCCAAACUAAGUUUUUUUCUAACUUUUUUUUGUAACUUGAACUAAAAUUGUAAUAUAUCAAAAUUCUAAGCUUAAAGUUUUUUAAACUCUUUAAAGCUUUUUCUUAUGUAUUGUUUGACAAAUUAAAAAACUAAAUUAAUGAAACAAAAAUAAACUUCCAUUUUUGUUUACCCAGCUUCGGCCUUGUGUUUCUAAUGUAGAUCUACAUCUACUUUUAAAUUAUAAUAAACCAUCAGUCACUGCUGACAGUGUAUUGCUUUAACAACUAAACCUAGUCCACUGAAAAGUAAAUGGAUUUGGUAAACUUUUACAAAACAUAUGCCAUUGGUUAACUUUGAUGUAAAUUAUUUUUUAAGUUAAAUUUGAACAUUCUAUGAUGUAUAAUUAUUAUUAAAUAAUUAUGUAAUAUUUUCAUGUUUUCUUAUAACAAAUGAUGUAUGUUUAGCCAAUAUUUGUGUUAUAAAUUUAAUUUUUUUUCUAACUGAUACCAUCAUGCUCUUCCAUGAUUCAAUUGUGAAAUUUUUGAAUGAAAACUUGGUUUUGUAGAAUGGAGAAAAACGGCUUAAGUAUCAAAUGAUCUUUCUAGGAUAGUUUUCUUUACAAUGGUCAUUUUAUGAGUUGUUUUUUUAAUUGUUUGAAAUAUUUUUCCUCCAUUUUUUACUAAAAUAAAAUGAUUAAAAUUUUUAAUUAGAAUUGUAAAAAGAAAUAUCAUCCACAAAAAUAUGUCAAAAUACUUUUUAGGAGUCAUUUUUUUUUUAUUAUUGAAAAAAAAAAUUCUCUCUUUUUUACUAAAAUAUAAUGAUUAAAAUUUUAUUAAAUUAGAAUUGUAAAAAUAAUAUCCACAAAAAAAUGUCAAAUACAGAUAUGCAGGGGGAAUAAAUAGCAUCUAUUGUUAAGAAUGACAAGAUGCAACUUAAUGCUCUUACAUAAAUUGAAGGGACAUAAGCCUAUUAUCACAAACAACAUACAAUAUGUUUAUGAAAAUCAGCUAAGAUUAAUUUUUUACUAAGGCAAAUAUAAAAGUAUGAAAUAAUAAGUGUUUCGAUUCUGCUUCUCUUAUUUUUAAGUGAAAAAUUAGUUUUUAAAAAGAUUUGUAUAUUUUUGUUUGCCAAACUCAUCUAUGCAAUAUUAUAAUUAUAAACUGAACAGCAGUAAAGUAGUUAUACAACACUACUAAGUAUAGCAAUGUAUGCUAAUAGAAAUGGACUAUUUACAUAAACUAAGUAAAGUUAUUGGUGUUUGGUUCUUGGUUUAUUUUGUUAUUUUGUUGGGUCAGGUGUUUGCUUAUUUAUUUAUUUGUGACAGAAAGUCAAAACAUUAUAACAAGAUAAAUAAUAAUAAACUACCCAUGUGCCUACCCCUUUUCUCUAUGAUCAUGAACAUGUGAUAAUAAUUUGUGUGACUGUUUAACAAAGUUUUGGAUCUUAGCUUGUUCAUCUAUGUUUAUUAGGGACAAUAAAUCUGUGCGAUGAAUGUGUUUUUUUUAAAUAUAUUUUAAUAAAAAUAUUCACGGAUUUUUAUUUUAUAAGCGUUUAGAAAUAUGGUGCUUCAUGUUGUUAAUCUGCAUUCAUUGGACUCAACAUUUAAAAAUACUAAAAACUAUUUCUAAUAUAUGUGUUUUUUUUUUGGAAUCUGUAUUUUAAAACUCAUAUUAAGAAAUUAAGUAUAAUCUUAAAAUUUGUAAUAUAUGUUAUUUUGGAAUCUGUAUUUUUAAAACUCAAAUUAUGAUCACAACUAUUUUUUAAAUAUAUAUUAGUCAUAGGAAGACACAUUAGACACUCAAAUAUUACAUUUAUACUAUUUCCGUUUUAACAUGAACUGAACAGUUACCUUAAGGCUGAUUCUUUGUUGUAAAAAGCUUAGGAUUGCUUUUAUUUUUGGAAAUGCUUUAAUAAUAUUUUAUGUUUCACACCUCCAGAUGAUUAUGGAGCUGUAGUUAUUUUUAUUUGUAUUUUCCUAUUCCUACACUGAUAUAUUAUUAUUUUUAAUAAUUUUAAAUAGCCAUAUGUUUUAGACAUACAAUCUUUGUUUUGCAAUUUUCUAGCAAACAAAGAAAAAUUUUUGUUAAUAUUUCCAUAUGUGCCAAAUUUGGAAUGAAAGCAAAAUAAUAUUUAUAUUUAGUUUAGCAAGUUAAACUACAUUUUACAAAAUGUCUAAUGUAAAUUCAUAAAUUAUGCUAAAAUGCAUUUCUUUUAGGCAUUGUUUUUAACAUUAUUUUAAACCUACUAUUGAUGUAAAAUAUAUAGACGUAUGUAGAUAUCUUGGUUUAAUUGCAGGCAAUUUAUUGUGAUGCAUUUCCUUAUUGUUUAAAUAUUUUUAUUGAACAGUAUUAAGCUCAAAACGUUGUUGCAAAAUACUUUGUAUAAAAUAACAACCAUUGAGGUUUUUUUGUUUUAGUAAUCCAUGACCAAUACUUUUCAGUUUAAAAUUUACAAUUAAUUUCAAAAUUAAGCUAAUGCAAUGCAUUACAGGAGAAUAAUUUGAUAUCAUUUUAUUUUCUGUAUUAAAGGUUUUGUUACCGUAAGAUCACCAGUGAGUUUUAGAAAUUAUGAAAGAAAUUGUUUUGCCAUUAUCUUCUAGUAUUUUAAUAUGAUCAUGUUUUACAAAUUACAUGUUUGGGUGUUUCACUUUUGAUGGCAUGUUAUUCCUUAAAAAAAUGAAUUCUUUUAUGUGGUUUGCCACUUUUAAAUUCUUUGUAUUUGUUUAAAAAUCAUUUUAAAGCUCUUUUAUUUUUUUUUACAAUUGAAAAGGUUUGCAAAUUAAAAACAAAACAAAUUAAUAAAAUGCCUCCUUUCUAAAUUUUAUUUAGCAAAAAAUGUGUAUGUUUUUACCUGUAAUACUAACAGCAUGCAAUGUAAUAUUAAAAUUGUAUUUCAAUAAAGAUGAAAUAAAUCUCAAUACUA